AAACAUAAACAAGAAGAGGGAAGAGAACAAGCGAAAACCAGGUUUCAUUUGUUCUCAUUAUGUCGUUGGAUAGAAAAAGCCCGCAUGUUUUUGGCCCAAAUUUUCAAUUAUAAGAAGGGUUUGGGAAAAUCUAUCUUCGCUCUGAAAUCAGUAAUGGCAACACACUCCAUGUUCCGUAAGAGCCUCAGAUUUACUCCUGUUUUCCAGAUAUGGGCACCCAUUUGGUACAAGACUCAUCAGCAGCUCGGGAAUCCCAGCCGGGCAAGACGAUUGCGCGCAGUCUCCUACUUGGUUAACUCGUGUGGAUUGUCCCCAAAAUAGGCAACUCUAGUAUCCCGAAAGGUAAAGCUUCAAUCUUCAGAGAGACCAGACUCGGUUUUAGCUCUUUUGAAACACUAUGAAUUCUCAGAUGCCCAGAUCUCAAUUGUUGUGCGAAAACACCCGCGCAUUCUAGCCGCCGAUGCACACAAGACCCUUCUGCCAAAGCUUGAGUUUUUGAGCUCCAUAGGAAUUUCAAGGCUCGACCUUGCAAAAACACUGUGCUGCCAACCACCACGGCUGUUAUGUUCAAGCUUGGAAAACCACAUUGUACCCACUUAUAGCUACCUCAGGAGCUUCGGGGUCUCUGAUGACGGAGUCGUCUAUAUUCUGAAGAAAAAGAGAUUUGUUUUCGAAGUAAAUCUAUCCAAGAGUGUGAUACCCAAUGUUGACCUCUUGAGGAAAUUAGGCAUGCCUCAACCGUGUAUUGCCCGGUUGCUACAGAUUUAUGCUAAUUUUGUAGUUAAAAAGCCUGAAUGGUUCGGUCAACUUGUGUACCAAGCCACAGAAAUGGGAUUUGGCCCUGAAAAAUGGAGCUUUGUAUAUGCUCUUGCCGCGUUAUCUUUGAAAGAGACGACAUGGAAACGAUGCCAAGCAGAUUAUAGGAGGUGGGGUUGGUCUGAGAAUCAUAUUAUGUCUGCCUUGAGGCAGGAUCCACAGUGUAUGAUUGUGUCGGAGAAGAAAUUGAUGGGAGUAAUGGAUUUCUUAGUGAACAAGAUGGGGUGGCAAUCAGAAACAAUUGCAAAAUAUCCUCAUGUUUUUCGUUACAGCUUGGAGGAGAGAAUCAUUCCGAGGUAUUUAGUGGUUAGAGUUUUACUUUUGAAAGGACUGAUCAAGUUGAGUAUUUUAUCGAAAUCAGGAAAGUACUUCUUGGAUAGGUUUGUGAACAGAUAUCUCAGCCAAGUACCUCAAUUGCUACAUGUGUACCGGGGAAAAGUGGAUAUCCAGGAUGUGUGAUCUUGGUAACAUUUUAACAGUUCUAGGGUUAUAGUGUUGAAUCCGGAGGUGUUACCAGGUUUGUAAAUCUUUCAGUGCUAUUCUACCCUUGUGAUUGCUAGAAAGAAGUGACUACUUUUAAUAAUCACUGUUUGAUCUGGAUUUGGAAAACCAACUAGUUUCUGAUUUUUCAUGUUUCAUCAGCUAUGUUGAACAAUGAACAUAUUUGAUGUGUAG